AUGACUCGCACACCACCACCUGAUCCUCUUCCACCGAACCGGAAUAUCGGAAUUACACUCAUUGUCGUUACGAGCAUUCUGACUGGCUUUAUGCUUCUAACGACUAGCCUGAGGAUCUACACUCGCUUUUCUCUCAAUGCGCAGGGCUUGGAUGACUACUGCAUCAUUAUCGUUAGUGUUUUAGCACUUGCUCGAAUGGCCAUUCAAGUGGUACAAGUUGCAGUUUAUCACAACGGCCGCCACCGUUGGUAUAUUAGCGAGUCCGACUACAUCAAUAACAAUAUGCUGGGGUGGGACGAACCAAAAGUCCGCCGAACCCUUUAUGCCGUGGUCAUAGGGCUCUUCGCUACCAACUUUGGUUCUAUUUUCAUUCUCGUGGCAGAAUGCUCUCCCCCAUCCGUGUACUGGACCCAAAAAGGUGGGAAGUGCUGGGAUACAAGGAUUCGCAUAUAUGCUAUAUAUCUUACCAUAGCAUAUUCAGUCGCAACUGACAUACUCUGUUCGUUGCUUCCUUUGUAUGUUGUGUGGGGCGUUGGUAUCAAGAUGCAUACCAAAAUCGCUGUGUGUGGCUUAAUGAGCCUUGGUCUCCUCGCUACAGCGUUCGGUGUGGCUAGGGCCGCUUCUCUCGGCCUGGUGACAAUCGAUCUCAGCUGGGAUUACGCAAUAUCGGCGAUUUGGUCCAACCUUGAACUCUUUUUAGGUAUCAUCGCCGCAAAUGUCGCCAUCUCACACUCCAUAUACACUUUUUUUCGUCAAGAUAAGUCGGCUGCCAGUGUGUCGGGUUACAGUUCCGCAAAUAUCCGUUUGGGCUAUUUGAAACACGACGAGCUACGCAAUAAUACUACAAGUAACUCAACCUUAGCGAUUAUUCGUCGGCCUUCUGUUUCCAAGAGCGAAGGAAGUGAAGCCCCUUUGACAGCUAUGCCUUACACGGUGGCUUCGUCCUCAGCGCUAGACAAACUGGAUAAAUUCGCUUAA